AUGGCUGAGGUCUAUCGCAACGGUGUCAUCAACAUUGCCGCCACGGCUGCCUCGGGCGGAAAUGAGGGGCUGUACUUUGCACCUCACCCAAUUCACUCCAGGCAUCUUCGCAUAUCCUUCACUCAGUCCAUCGACGGCACACCCUCGGAGGAACCGACCAGCGGAGAAAGACCGCAUGUGGUAGAGCCUGGAGAAUACUUUCUUCUAAAUAGCAAAAUCUGGCAGCAUGGCGUCGAAGAGGCCCCUCUAAACACGCGCGGCUGGGUUUUGCAAGAACGGCUCUUCUCACCACGUGUUGUUCACUUUUCACGACAUCAGCUAUUUUGGCAGUGCGGCAUGGACUACCGGAUAGGACAAUUUGCGUACUCGAAUGAUCGCAUAGGAUCCUUUGGCAAGGCCUACACCAACCGAGAUCUGCGCGCAUUUUCUCAAGUACUAUGGCGUCUAAAAGGCAUGGCGAAAGAGGAUAAGGAUCCGUUUAUUCUCGAAGAGGCGUACCUUCCUUGGGAAGAAGUCGUGACGACGUACACGGCGCAGCACUUGACUAAAGGCGAGGACAAGCUCAUUGCAGUACAAGCUUUGGCGAAAGCCAUGGAGGAGGCGGUGGACGAUUGCUAUGUCGCGGGAUUGUGGGAGAGUCGGUUGGUUGAGGACCUGCUGUGGGCUUGUUCAGCACCGGGCGAUAGAGCGAGAUACUCGCGUCAGACGACGUGGCGCGCGCCUACGUGGAGUUGGGCCUCAAUUGAUGGCGGGUCGGUCAAGAAGGAGACUCUUACUGGGAGAUAUGCAGGGCGGAAAGUGUUUGAAGGAGAAGCUCUGGUCAAGAGUAUCAAGCACUACGUGGAGGGGUAUGACGGGGUCACGACCGGGCAACUCAGAGGUGCCCGUCUGCAGCUCGAAGGUUGCCUUUUGAAGAUUGCCACAUCUAGGGGAGGAGAGGCCAUGAUAAGUGAUAGUCACGUCAAGGGCAUCAGUAUGAGAUGCCCCGAUCCUAGAGGACCCAUCCCGCCUACAAGACUGAUGGAACAGACCCGAGGCCGUGCAUUGAAGGCUUAG